GGGAGACGGCUUUGAGCACUGGGAAUAAGGAGGAAGGUCCGCCGAGAAAAAGGAUUGGGAAUAAUUUUCAAUAAAUGGGGAAGACAGGAAAGGAAAGGAAAUAGAGAUACAUGCUAGUGGGAGUAAAUGAGGGGAAGGCCGCCGUCGGCCAGGGGUGUCCAUCUCAUUCUCGACCGACGUAAUUGGCAACCUAGUCGACCCUUCCGAACAGUCCAAAGUGGUGUCUCAAGUGUCCUUCUGUGAGCGCGGUUUGAUAUGGAUUUAGGCCUACUCUUCUCUCUAAUACUAUUAAUACCCUCUUCAGUGUGUGGGAUUGACGGAUUAUAUUGUUGUCUUUCUCUGGGCUGCUGAGUUGAGGUCCGUUGCAAAGGCUUUGAGCAGAUCCCCGCAAUAAUGAAUCAUCGGAAACUCUACCAGUUCAGCGAGUAAUCAACCAAAUUGCCCAGUCAAAACCGGAUGACGACCCGGCCAGCAUCCCGAUUUCUCACGUCUCUAACAUCGAAAAUGUCGACCCGCCAAAGCCAGCCAGCUCCGGCCCCUUGGCGCGAGCCCUUCCUCAAGCACAUCACCUCCAUGGCCCAGCCGACAUUCGUCCUCGCCACCCUGCACCCGGUCCCGACCUCCGAGUCACCCUCGUCCCUGCCCGUCGUCCCCCGCGCCCGCACCUGCAUCUGUCGCGGCCUCUGGGCCGACCUCCCGGCCAACGACCGGAACCCGGCGCCCCGCAACCCGCCCGCCUGGGAGUCGGACCUGCCCGUCCUGACGACGGACGCUCGCAUGGAAAAGGCCGCCGAGGUCGUCGACACCGCCGGGCUGGCCACCGGCUCCGGCGGCGGCGCGACCGGAGGCGGCGGCCCCGUCGAGGCCGUCUGGUGGGCAGAGAACCCGGCGACGCAGUGGCGGGUCCGGGGCGCCGCCUGGGUGCUCGGCCCGGAUGUGGAGGGCGACGAGGGCGCGCGGGCCCGGGAGGCGAUCCUCGCGCGGAUGAGGCGGCGCAAGGGGGACACGGCCGGGCAAGACGGAGAGGAGUGGGGCUGGAAGCGGGAGUUGACUGCGCAUUUCGGCAACCUCAGCCCUGUCAUGCGCGGGACGUUCCGAGCUCCGCCUCCGGGGUCGCCGGUAGCGAUACCGCCGGAGGGGGGCCUGGGACAGGGCCAGGAGGUGGAUGACCUCGAGGACGAGGUGGCGAGGUCUAGUUUCCGGGUGGUCGUGAUUGUGCCUACAGAAGUCGACCAGGUCGACUUGUCGGACCAACUGAGGCCGCGGAGAUGGUUGUACACCUACCGUGGGCCCUCAGGCCAGUCUAAACAACCCGGCGGAGAGGUCAUUGGAGAAUGGGAGAAAGUAGAGGUAUGGCCAUGAGGUAUUUAGUGAGGAUGCUAUAAGCCAAAGUUACGGAAUACAUCUUGUCUAUCCACAAGCAAGCUCAAUAAUUAAACGUCGCACCCUCCACAAUGUCUACCUGAUAUUGGUGUUUUGGCACUGCAUUCGUCUUAUGUAGGGAGUUAAGUGUAGCUCAGUGGUAUGGGAAGAGCUGGCACCGCCACAGAGGGCGAUGAUGGUUCCUUGCCACAACCCCCACG